CGGAAGAUUGGCGUCUGUUCACCCAGACAGAGCGGACUCCUCGCUGGGUUGAAGGCGGUGCUCCGUGGUCUUUGACGUUUCCAUGACACUUGUACACAACCUAUUUAGACAGCGAGAAACAUGCCUAUGAACAGCCGGGUUGUACACAGUUCAGACAGAUGAAAACUCAUACUGCAGGUUGAAAUGAAGGGUUACCUUAAAACUUUAAACUGGAUAUUUAAACUCCAGCCUAAAAGCACCACUAUAGGAAGACACAAAGACUCUGACCUCUGUCUGCAGAAUAGUGGGGUGGAUGAAUGUCAUGCUACUGUUGACUGGUGUGAAGCAGACGGCUGCUAUGUUAUCCGUGACUUAAACUCUGCCCACGGGACCUACGUCAAUGACUGCCGGAUACACAAUGCCACAGUGCGUCUCUCUCCGGGAGACCAGCUUCACUUUGGCUAUGGAGGAUCAACCUAUGAGCUGUGCAUUGACCGCGAGAAAUCACUUCCUAUUCUGGGUGGCCGGUCUUCCUUUCCCCAGGCCUGGGUACGAUCUCAGACCCCUUCUGUUUCACCCCAUCCUCCCACUAAACCUCGUCCCAUGAGUGCCGGGUCUAAACGGGGGCCAAAUGCACCUGAUCGCAAAACCCAAUCUAGCGGACCCGGAAGCUGGAGUGGUAAUACAGGAAGAGCAUGUUGUCUUAGAAGUAAGACUCAACAUAACAAUUCUCAAAGUAUUGACGUCUUGCCAGUGGAGGAGGAGGAGAGGUUGCAUCGACUAGGAGAUGGACACAUUCGUGUGUCUGUGUGCUUUGAGGAUGAGUCCCAAGGGAGGGAUGAUGCGAUCGUGGCCCUGAAGGAGGAAGUGUCAGCUCUCAGGCUCCAGCUGUCUCAGAAGAAGCAGGGUGAUCCAGAUGUCACACACAGACUUCGCUGCCUGGAGAAUGACAUCAAAGAGAAGAAAGAUCAGAUACAACAGUUAAAGGAGCAGAUGCUGGAACUUCAGAGGUGUUCUGGAGAGAUGCUCGGACAGGCUGUGACAGAGAGAGAUCAGAAGAUCAGCAAUCUUUUAGAACAGGUGGAUAAAUUGAGGAACGAAAAGAAUUCAUCUGCAGCGUUGGCUGGCAGUUUGAAGAAAGAUGUGUCUGCUCGGGAGAAACAAGCUCUUAAAUUAGCGGCCGAGGUGGACAAGCUCACACAAGACCUCAGACAAAAAGACGCCAAACUAACAAGCAUGAUGGACAAGCUGAAAGACACCCAGAAGCAUCAGAAUGAGCUCCUUGCCAGACAGAGUGAAGUGGAAUCACUCAAGAAAGAACAGGCUUCUCUGCUGACAGAGAUACACAGACUGAAGCAGCUUCACCAGCAGACGCAGCAGAGAGAACAGAGGGUUCAAGAAGAACUCAAACACAUCCAGUCAAGGUUUGACAGUUUUCGUGACCGGAUUGUCAAGACUGUGCAUGUUUCUGACAAAGAAUCAGAACAAAAGGUGUUGGACAGUUUAACUGAGCUAAUGGAACAGAUGGAGAUGUACAAAACAAAAGUGCGUGACUUUGAAAUGAAACUCAGAGAGGAAGCUCGCAUGCAGAGGGAAAUGUUGGAUGAGACCCAGAGAUUUAGAGCCAGGCUGCAAGAAUGUCAGAGACAAGUGCAAGAUACAUGCAUUGCGGACACAGUGCUGAUGGAAAUAUCUGGGCUGCAGGACAUGAAUUCGAGUCCUUCACUCAGCUGGAUUCAGGAGCAUUCACUUUCUAUUAUGAACGUCCUGUACAGAAUACUGCAGAAUGCUGCUCAGAGAUUACAGACAGCAGGGGUUGAUGUGUCAUUGAAGACUGGAGGAGUACUGGGUGCGUUACAGAUUCUGUGCCAGGACCACAUGGACGUCCAGUCCAAACUAAGGAAACUGAAGUCAGAGAUGGAGGAGGUUCAUGAGACAGAGAUUCAGAGGAGAGAUCUUCACGGUAGACUGGAGUUCAUGCAAAAGCAGUUUGAGAUGGAGAAACUUCAGGCAGAAGAGGGACAGAGAGAGAUGAAAAACACACUAAUGCGGGAGCUGGAAGAGGUCAGGGCUGAUCUACAGUCAGUGAGACUAAUAGAGAGUGCCUUACGCAGGGAGAUCGAGAUGCGCAAGCUUGAGUGGCAAACCAAGAUGGAAGAAGCCAAGAUACGAGAGGCAGAGCUGAUAGAAACACUAAGAGAAUUUCAUCUCAAAGAGGAGGAGAGGAUCGAGAAGAUGAAGCAGUGUGAGGAAACAACGGCCAAGGCCCUGCAGAGAGGAGCUGAAGAGGAGAGACACAAACACAGGCUCGAGGUAGACGAGUACAGGGAGCAGGUGCGACAACAUGCAUACACUAUUGUUUCCAUGGAGACACGAAUAAACAAAGCUCAGCAGAGUGAGGAAAAAUGGAAAGCGAUGAAAGAGGAGAGAGACUCGCUGAAGGAGCAGCUCAAAGAGGCGCUCGGGAGGCCGGAGGGCUUUGAAAGCAACAGCACAUCUUACACAUCAGAAACGCAACAGGAACCGGAUCAAGCCGUAACGUCCCUCCGGGCAUCUCUGGUCUCAUCCCAACAGGAAGUGGUCAGUCAGAGCGAGAUCAUCAAUGCUCUAAGCCGUGACCUGGCCCAGGCUCAUGCUCGGCUUUCUGAUAUGACAGGAGAACUUAGUGAACAGCAGAAGUUAGAGUUGGAAAGUCAUAAAGCUUUGGUGGUAGACCAGAAGAUUCAACUGAGCAUGCUCACGCAGAAGCUAAACAUGAUGUCGCAACUGGUGCAACAGAAAGAUGAAGAGACAAAUAAACUGGCAGAAAAAUUGAGACAAACUGAAGAGGACCUGAAAAGCAAAGCAGCAGCAAUCAGAGAGAUGGAGAACGCAAGCUUUGUUCCACUUCAUACCUCAGGCAACACUAAAGAUGUGGCACUCAUGACAGCUCCUAAUGAUGUCAUCAAUCAGGGGUCAAAACACAAAGGUCAUCGCCGCGAGGAAGCGAUUCUUCAACAGCAGGAAGGUUUGCGUGACAUGAGAGAGCGAAUCAGAGCUCUUGAACAGAGGUGGCCUAGCAAGCGUCUGUCCCAGCAGGGGGAGCCAGAGAAACAGGGUCAGAAGGAGACUCAGAGGCUUCAGAGAUCUGCUGCUCGGAGAGGAUCCAGCACUUCUGUGAGCGGUUUUGCAUUCCCUGAAGCUCUGACCGAGGCAGCACGAGAGCGUACAGCCAGACUGGACAUGUCUGAUGCUCUGGAGCUCAGUGAGAGAACAUACCUGGAGCUAGCGCGGGUGCUGAGUGAGGCUCUGGAGCUCAGCAACGGUGAGCUGUCAGGCUGUGCUAGUUUAAAGCACCUACCUCCCGACGAGAGACAGCACAUAUUCUCUAUGAGACAAACAGACCUGGAGUUUGUGAGAACCCGCCUUGAUCUACAGAACAGACAAAGCCAACAACAAGAACUACUGCUGCAGGAGAACCUCAGAGAGAUACACACACUCAGAGAGAGCCAGGUGCUGGGGUUCCAGACGCAGGCCGAGCUUGAAAAUGUGAAGGCAGUACUGGAGACUCAGAGGCAAGAGACACAACAGCUUCGGCAGGCUCUACAGGACAGCAUCAACCAGCUGCAGAGAAACCAGCAGGAACACAGUGUUACCAGCAGAAAUAAUAGGGGCCUUAGUCAGGAGAGAACGGACAGAAAGAGUGGAAGAGUGGGCCAUCACAACUGCAUACCAAAUGAAAGCUAUGAAAAGACCCCAACAGUGAAGAAACGGACCUCACAGAUGAGACUGAAAAGGAGAGAGAGUGAUCUGGAUAAUCUAAAGAAAGAAAUGGGGCAGAAACAGCAGAUCUGUUCAAUGGUCUCUGAUUUGGCCAAUCCCCUGCAAGCUCCCAAGAGCUCGCAACACCCCCUGCUCACUGAGGCCCACUGACAUGAACACAACUGAAGAGCAUGUUAAAUUAAUUAUAGUAAUAAAACAAUAAUAAUAAAUGCUAUAACAUUUCUAUAUUUAUGUGUGUGUGUGUGUAUAUAUACACACACACACACACACACACACACACAUAUAUAUAAAGCUCUCUAUCUGGUGUAUCUAAAUUUAUAUACCUUUAAGUGCUGUUAAUAUUCAUUGCCAUUUCAGUGAAAUUGCUAAACCUACACAUAGGAGCCUGAUAAAAUGCUUAUUUUAGAAAUUUUCAAACUGCACUUUUUUUUUACCUCUAAAUUCUUCAUUUAUAAACAAAUGAUCUUUCUGCAAGUUAUGUUUCGCCCGAAGGUGGCGACAUGUGAUUCGACCAGUUCGUUCACAAACACGAAUCCAUUCAUGAACGAAACAAAUAACUGCUGCCUUCAUGAGUGAUCCACUGAAUAAUUUCCUCAACCGAUUUGCUCAAAAACGCGCAUUUAUCCCUGACUGAAAUACGUCAGUGUUUGUGAGUGAGUCAUUAAAUCAUUCACUCGGCAGACUGGUUCAAAACUGCUAAUUCAUUCAAGAAGCAAACACUUUUAGUGUGCGGUGCAAGAGACCAGUAAGGAUUGCUGCUGCUUUAUUUGCUUUAUUUGCUUUAUUAUAACACUUUUCUUUGACGGGGGAGUAAUGGACAAGUGUCUAAAAUGUAAGUUACCUCAUAUUAACUUAUUGUUUAUUAAACUGUUGUUUAAAUAUAGACACAUAGCUUAUAGACAGCCAUAAAAAUGAAGCAGUAUGUCCUGCACCCACUUCCAUAUUCUAAUGUAACAAACCUUGUUCAUUAAAGUUUCAUUUAAUGAAACCUUGUACAUUCAAUUAAUAUUAAUAUUAAUGAUAUUUAUAUCACUCAAAAUCGGCAACUAGAUGGUUUGGAAGUACGUCAAUGUCGCCAAAAGUAAAGCUCUGCGUAUCUCAUUUUAAAGACAUAUAAUAUCUGAGGUAUUAAAAGACAUUCCUGUUCCCAGUUAUAUGCAAGAGUGCAAAAAUCUGGUGUUUAACAACAAACAUGCUUUUGGAUUUAAUAUUAAUCCAUUGUGUGGGAUCGUUUCCCAACUGUUCUCCACACAUAGUCUCUUUUCUAAGGAAGAAUUACCUUACUUUUUGUUCCUCACAUCUGUUCCUCAUUUACAGAGCCAUCUGACAACAGGGUAGAGAAUCAAAAAAAGGGGUGAUGUAUUACGUUAAUUAAAUACACUCAGUGCUGUGUAGACAGGCAUCAAGGGUAAGUCUCUCCUCAUCGUUUUGUCUGAAUUACUGUCACACAACUCUGUUUGCUUGUUAUGGGCAGAGGAGAAUAGAAGAACAUAAUGGACAGUUUUCAAUAAAGGAAGGCCCCUGGAAGUGAUCAUUAAAUUUCAUUAUACAAGCAGAUAGGAUCACACGAAUCCAUCUGAAGUACCCAAUUUACAUUAUCUAUAUUUGUUGACUUUUUUUUCUUUGAAUGUAAAUCAGAUUAUCAGCGAAAUACCAGCGGACCCACGUCAUAUUUGAAAUGAUCCUCAUCUUCCUCAUUAGUGCUGAUCACUAUAUGAAGUGGGUGGAUGAAUUCCAGCUGGCAUCUGCUCCAUUCAGACUGCUGGCAUCAAUCCAGCCCAUUACAAGAUCAAGAGAGGAAAAUCAGUUCAAUUAUUGAAAGAAAGUCCAAUUCUUUGUUCAUGGUAAUUCACAUAGUACAAGCUAUGCUGUGCUCCCUAACCGUCUCCUUCGAUUAGAGACUGCUUCCCUGUGGCAAAAUGUUGGUAUUGCAUUAUCAGCUGGUAUUUGCUCAAGUUUGAUGCCAUUUAACUGUAAAUAAAGCUGACCGAAAAGUUCAGUAUAGUGUCAAAUAUAAUAAGGCUGUACUAUACAGUUUAUCUUGGGACUAAGUGUUUAACAGUUAGUUUUUUUUUCUGAUUGCAGAGCUGUAUAUAUAUAUUUUAAGUCUCACUUAAAUGUAGUUUUGAGGCCACUGUAGGUGUUUAAACAUUGAUAUUUUUUAAAUGAAUAGGAUUUUAAAAUGUUUUUAAAAGAAGCCUGUUCUAGUGCAUUUAUUCGAUGCAAAAUACAUCAAAACUGUAAUGCUGUCAUUUUUUUUACACUUAAAAUGUUCUGUUUAAAUAUAUUUUAAAAAAUAUUUUUUUAUUAUUAUUAAUGUCAAAAACAUUUUUUUGUAUUCUUUGAUAAAGAGAAAUUGAGCUGAAAUGGAAAGAUUUUGCAUCAUUAUAAAUGUCUUUACUGUUUGGGCAUGUCGAUGUGAGUUAAGCACUGGAAAACUUUUAUUAUAAGGCAUAAUCUGUUCGUGUCAUUGUUAUUCGUGGUUGGCUAUGUUUUUUGGACUGGAUGUUCAGUGUAUACAUACAUUCAUGACCAGAAGUCUAAAGUCUGAUGUUUUCAUCGCAUAGCCUAUAUAAAGAUACUGACAGCAUCCUACAUCACAGAUAGCCUCUGCUGAGGAGACUAUAAAGGCAACUGAGUGCUGAUGGACCAUUUCAUCAAAAGCUAUUCUAUCAUUCACAGAUAUCCGGUGCUCUCUUGAGAGGGAUCUGAAAGUGUAGGCAUUUUCCCAUCCUCUCCCCUCAUGAAAAUGCUGAUGAUUUCAUGAAGGAGAAUGACAGAAGCACUCUGAGAGGGUCCAUAAAUAGCAGCGGGUAGUGAGGUUGAUGGGCCUAGCUAGGAGUUGGGAUGGAUUCCUUAAUGACCAAAAUAAAUGGCCACUCAAUCCAUCCACAAACACAGUUUGUCUUCACCUGAAUUCCCCUCUGACAGCCUGUCCUCCCUAAACAAAUGUUCACUUCUGAUGUAGUGUGCCACGCUCUAGAUUUAUUGUGUGUGAAGUCAGUCGAUUCUGUCACAGACGUAUUGUUCCUGCAGGUGGCACCACAUACAGUAACGCAGAGAACUUGUACUUAAUAUUAAUUCAGCUGAAUAUGUUUGAAUUUGUAUUUGAAAUGUGUCGUAUAUUUCAUUCCUUCACUCCACCUGUGACAUUUCUGCUUUGCGUCACGAGCCUCAAGCACAGUUUGCUACACAUACAGCACAGUUUUUGGUUCAGUUUUGGAGUUGGACGUAAUGUAAAAGUCAAUAACAGUCACCUGGGAAUUAGGCUACACUGCAUUUUUUGAUUCACUAUAAUUGGCUAAGAAGAAUCGACUCAUAGGAGUCAUUCAUUAGGGAAUUGUGUUCACUGAACUAUAUAAAUGUUCUCUAUUAUAGAUCAGUGGUUGUUCUGCAUGGUUGUGAAUCAUUAGAAAAGAACCGUCUAAUUCAUUUGUGAAUUGUGUUUACACUUGGGUCCACUUGCAUUACUUCAUAUCAAAGAUUUCAUAUGGUUUGUAACUAUUUGUCUAUUCAUUAGAGUGCUGAUAUAGAGCCAGUCUGUGGAUUAGCGGUGAAGGUU